AUGGCAGCUGUGUUAAUCUGGGUUGGUCAAAAUGACAGAAUUUGAUUUAAGGAAUAUGGGUGCUGUGUUAUAAAUACGUGUGCUGAGCACUCCCAGUUCAACAAGAAAUUGGUUUCUUGUUAGAAGAGUGUUUCAAAGUAAUUUUGCACAAGGUAAUGUCUUUUAAUUUUAUUUUCUCUUUGUUUGAAUAUUGAUUUGAGCCUUUCUUUUUCAUGCAUGAUUUUAUUUCUAACUCUAUAGAAACUUUCAUAGAAAUUAGUACCGUAAUAAUUUUAUCCAAUUACCUAACAAGCUCCAAGCUUGCAGUGACUCCGGUGUGCACUCGAGCAAAUUUUGGAAGUGUCUAUUCACUAAAACUCGAUUUUUUUCUAGUAUUCAACGAUGUCUCAUUAUAUUUUUGCUGCAGUGGUUCUGUUCAGCUUUGCAGGCAUUUCCCUUGGUGCGUAUGAGAAUUGCCAGUUAGAAGAGGGAGGUGGUUGUUCGUUUUUCUGUAAAUGCGGCCCGGGUCUGCAGUGUGAGGCUGGCACCCAUGUUUGCAAGAGAGCUGGCAAAGAGGGUGAACGAUGUCAUCUGACCAGGCAUUGUGGAGAAGGAUUAUACUGUCGUCCUGUUUACCACACGUGUCAACGCAUGGGAAACAUUGGCGAGAAAUGUGUCUCUGGUUUUAACAGUGCUGAAGGUACAAUAUUUCUACUGAGUAGCUUUGUUGCUUUUUUUUUAUAUAAACUUUAUUUAGGUCUUUACCCAAAAGCAUAAGCUUGGCAGGGGGGCUCACAUGUUUUUGCCUUGGUUUAUGCAAGAAUCAUAUACAAAAACAGAUAAUGAGGUGUAUUAUGUCUGCAUCGAUUUCUUUAACCUUAUUGUAUUGACUCUGGUAACUCUUACUAAACUCACCAAUAUAACCCAAGUGGUAUAGCGUGACGUAAUCUUCUCUUCAAUACCAGGUCGUCGCUGCAACUACCAGAAGAAGUACUGGUGUGACCCCUUAAGUCAUACCUGCGUCCCUCCCUCUCGCAGAGGGAACGUCUGUGGAUACUUAGGUGCGAAAGAGGAUCCGGGUAAAUGCAAGGCAGGGUUAGAAUGCAAGUGUGAUGCCGCGUGUUCAAUACGUAAUUUCCUCCGAGAUCUUCAGGGCACUCUCAGUGGCGUGGCGCAGACCAUUCAAGAUCUCAUUGGCAAGACGAGGUUCUGCUGUAAGUGCGUGUAA